ACUUUUUCUUUUCAACUCAACACCCAAUCAUCAGAAAAAGACGUACAAAAUCGAACUAACUGCCGGCUGUUCAGAAAAAAUAAAAAUUCCUGCAAAAAAUCAAUUUCAUUCCAUUGGAUAUUAGACAUACAGGGUCGAAAUGAUGCAAUGCGAAGAAAUGAUAGAUGAGGAGGGUCCCUCUAAUACGCUGGAACAUUUCACUGAACUGGAACAGGUAUUGCAAAUGAUUGACUCAAUGCAGGGGACAGAUGCACCUGGCUUCGAAAAAGAUUUUGAACAAUAUACCGAGGUCUUGAGCAGAUAUCAAGAACAACCCCAUUUAUUGGAUGUUCAUUUGGAAUUGUUAUUAAAACGUUUGCUGGACAAGAUAAGGGAUCGUAAUCUGCCAGAGACUGUAAUGCACUCAGCUUUUAAGUAUCUGUAUAUAAUUUGUAAAGUAAGAACUUACAAAGUUUUGGUAAAAUUUUUACCUCAUGAAUUGAGUGAUUUGGAAUUUGCAUUGGAAUUGUUAGAAAAACAAAAUCCCAAGGAAUUUAAACAUUGGGAGACUCGCUAUGUGUUACUGUUGUGGAUGUCUAUAUUGGUACUAAAUCCAUUUCAUUUAUCCCGUUUGGAUGCCUAUACCACCAGCAAUGAUACAACAGCCAACAAUGAGCUCAUAACCACAAAUGCCCAAAGCAAAACUAAAAUGGAGCGAAUCUUUGAUUUGUGCAAACUGUAUACAUCCACGAAUGAUACUUGCAGCAAUAUUUCAGCAUACUUGUCUGCUAAAUACUUUGUUAGAGCCGAUAUAAAAGAUUUAUAUUUGGAACGUUUCUUAGAUUGGAUUAUAUCACAACAUCAAGCCGAUACCGUGCAAGUGAAAUUUGGUCAAUUGGCAGCAGUGGCCGCUAUUUUAAAGCAUGGCAAACGUGAUGAUUUACUGCCUUAUGCGGACAAGUUACUGCAUUGGAUUGUUAGCUGUCAAUACAAAGAUGGUUCGGACUUUUUGAAAUACAAGUCUUAUAUCAAAAUAAUACAACGUAUUGGCUUGAUUUAUCUAAAGCCCCGUAUAGCCAGUUGGCGUUAUAAACGUGGCACAAGAUCAUUAGCCAAAAAUUUAGCGCAAGACAGUGAAGCGUUGCAGCCACAAGAAAGAACUAUGGGCAAUAGUCAGCAAACUUCGGAAGAAAUGACAUCAGACGAGGAAGUUGUAGUACCGGAUACUAUAGAAGAAGUUAUAGAAGAACUUCUGCAAGGCCUACGAAGUGGAGGCAAUGAUGUUCGUUGGUCAGCAGCCAAGGGUAUUGGCCGCGUGACAAAUCGUUUGUCCAAAGAGUUGGCUGAUGAGGUAAUAGGAUCAGUGAUUGACAUUUUAAGUCCCCUAGAACCACAUGAAGCUUGGCAUGGAGCAUGCUUAGCAUUGGCAGAACUGGCUAAAAGAGGUCUCUUAUUACCAUAUCGCUUAAAAGAAUUAGUUCCAUUGCUGUUGCAGGCUUUGUUCUAUGAUGAAAUGAAGGGUUAUAUGUCGGUUGGCCAACAUAUACGUGAUUCUGCUUGCUACAUGUGCUGGGCUUUUGCCAGGGCUUAUAAUCCCGACGAUGUGUUGCCUUUUGUGCAUGAAAUAUCCGCUGGUUUGCUAACGGUAGCCACAUUUGAUCGUGAAAUAAAUUGUCGACGAGCUGCUUCAGCUGCUUUCCAAGAGAGCGUAGGACGUUUGGGAAAUUUUCCAUUUGGCAUAGAAAUUUCAACCACUACCGACUUUUACUCAGUGGGUCUAAGACAGAAUUCUUACUUGAACAUCAGCGAUUUUAUAGCCCAAUUUGAAGAGUACCGUAAACCUCUAAUCGAUCAUUUGGUUGAGCGUAAAGUAAACCAUUGGGAUCCGGCUAUUAGGGAGCUUGCUGCUAAGGCUCUACAUAAAUUUACACGUCGUGCUCCAGAAUAUGUUUCGAGCAUAGUUCUAGAUCAACUAUUUGUCAAGACCGACUCGAUUGACAUCAAUACUCGACAUGGCAGUGUUUUGGCAAUUGGUGAGAUUAUUCUGGCUCUUAGCAAUCUUGAAGAUGAAUCUAAAGAAAAGGAUCAACAUUGGCUAUCAAACCAAUCUAUUAGUGAUAUCAAUGAAUUGAUAUUGAAAUUUAUACAGCGCGAUCUAUUUCGCGGUAUGAGUGGUGAAAUUAUGAAGCAAUGUUGCACUGAUUUUAUACGCAACUGCAGCUUGGCAAAGGUGGAAGCCACACCCCAGUGCUUGGAAUCCUGGCAAGCAAUCAUUGAUAAAUGUUUACUAAAUAAAACUGCACCAAUUCGAGAAUCCGCUACUUUAGCCUUUGCUGAAUUGUGUCAAACUUACUACAACGCACCCGAACGCAGUGCAGCCAAUGCUGAAAUCAUAAGUUUUUAUCUUAAAGGAGCUGAUAACAAUAUAGAGGAACAUUUUCGUAUGGGUUAUAUAAGUGCUCUGGGAGUACUGCCUCAAUUCAUGCUUAUGCCACAUUUGGAUUCCAUUUUGGAAAGUCUUGUAAAACAUUCAUUAACACCCUUCCAGGCAUUAAUGGAAGGCGAAGUAUUAAAGGAAAAAGAAAAUCAUAACACACAAAAUUGGAGUGAGGCUCGAAGGGACAGCGUUAAAGCUUUAAGUAAUUUGGUGAAAACGGUGGGAUACGACCGAGAUGACAAGGUAUCCUUUGCUAAUCCUAAAUAUCUAACAAAAAUAAUCGAUUGCUAUUUAAAAGCAAUGGAUGAGUAUACAUUGGAUAAUCGAGGUGACAUCGGCGCUUGGGUUAGAGAAGCAGCUAUGAAUGCCAUUUUUGAACUUUUAACAUGUUGCCCCAAGGAUAUUAUACAACCCUCACAUGUGCAUGAGGUAAUGUUGGAUUUUAUGCAGCAGGCUGUGGAGAAAAUCGACCGCACCAGAGGUUUAGCUGGACGCUUAUUCUGUCAAUUAAUACAUUUGGAACCAAGACUUCCACAUGUUCACCACCAUGACCGCCUAAGAGAAAUUUUCCCCUCGGAUGUCAAUAGUGUAUUGUGGCUUUUUGCUGAUCAUACAUUCCCUCUAUUUUGUUCUCUUCUUGAGUUACCCGAAUAUUCAAAACGUAUAUUAUUGGGUCUUAGUGCCAGUAUCGGACAGCUAACAGAGUCUCUGAUCAAAUACUCCUCUGCGGCAUUGUUUCAGUUUCUACGCAGCCAUUCAGCAGAAGUACCACGACUGUGUAAUGAAAUUGUUUUGAAUUUUGAAGAAAACUUGCUAAAUGAACGUGUAACAUAUCCCAUGUUGAAUUUUCUCGAUAUAAUCAUCGCCUCAGGCACUAUUAAUUCAGUACUACUUGAUGAGUCUUCUACAUUUGCUGAUGACAUCUAUCGUUUACUAAAUUUGGAAAUUAAAGGUCAUAAAAAACUCUACAAGUUGGUGUCCAGCAUUACCGUUUUCUGCCAGCUGGUACAAGUUCCCCGCUUAUGCAAGAAAAUUCUCUCGAAAUUAUCCAUAUUUUUGGGUCUUACUCAUGUUCACAUUCGAAAAACCACUGCUACUAAGUUAUAUGAAGCCUUGGCUCUGCACGGAGACGUCUGCGAUAUUUCGGAAGAUAAUAUGGAUGAAAUUUUGAAUUUACUUUCUGAAACAGAUUGGGGUUUGCCCUUGGUUGAAGUAAGACCUCUGCGUAAUCAAUUAUGCGAUUUAAUGGGUAUUAAACCACCCAUGUCUGCCGCAUCACCAUCUGCCACGGGUAGCAGUAAAAAUAUUUAAAUUGAAACGAUUCGAAUUUGUAUUGCGUCUUUGAAAUUUUCAAAAUUUAAUGCACAAUUUUGAAAUUAUUAUUAUUAUUAGUA